CCUCCGCCGGACGCGCACGCACGCCGCGCGCUUUACCGAACGCGAUCGCGCUAUGUCGCCCGACCGACGAUUCGCUCGCGUCUUUGUAUACUCCCAAGUUUCUGUUUAUAAAAGUGCAGGCAGUAGCCCGGAAAUGCGCCAGUGAAUUAGUGCUUAUUUAUUGACUUAUUAUUUAUUUUGCAUUAUAAACUUUAAAACGCUCUCGCGACACGACGAUGGUGUCGGAAGGGGCUCUGCCCGUAGUAUGGUGUAUGCGCGACAACCAACUAGUGCCUCACCAAGUAUCCGGUGUUAAGUUACAAGGCGCUGUUACGGGAGCGCACAUAGCUGCGGUUACAGACUUUUUACGUAUGGUAGCUGGAACGCCUAUUAUUUUACCGCAUACAGCUGUCCCUGAAAAUUUUGACAAUGACAUCAAUAAAGAGAAGGAAAAUACGACGAGGCAGCGAAAGAUGUCGAUGCAGGUCGAAGUGCCCUGCGUUUUCCUUUCGGAAAGCGCACUUCAAAAAGCGAAAAGCCGUAGCAAUUCUCUAGAAGAAAAGGUAAUUUUGGAAAAUAGUAAUAAAUCGUCUCCAACCAAAAAUGACUUAGAUAAUAAAUCAAUGUCUAGUUCUACUAAUACUUUAGAUUCUGAAGAGUGCCAAAAAAGGUUAGGAAAAGAUAAUUUUAAGCCAUGCCCACUACGGGAAUCUAGUGGCGAAAUUUAUCCACAAAGAAUAACAAGGAUAAUAGAAUUAGACGAUUUUCAUACACAAACUUCUGAAACAGAAAAUGAAACGCUUCAGAGGAUAGCUAGGAUUAUUGAAUAUGAAAAUAAUAAUAUGCCCUCGCCGGUAUCUGCCGAUGGAGAUACUGAUAUGCCACAACGAAUUACUAGAAUUAUAGAAUUAAAUGAAAUGAAUGAUCUCGAUAAAGAAGGCCCCCAAAGGCUACCUAGGAUAAUUGAAGUAGGAAAGGACGAUGCGUUUCCCAGUAUGGCAAGAAUUAUAGAAAUGGAAAAUGAAAAGUCAAACGAGAGAAGAAUUUCUUUGACCAACGAACGAGAAAUUAGUUCUGGAAUAGCUGAAAAUUAUAGUGAGGAAAUCAUAAUUAGGUCAAAACCUUUACAUAGAAGUACACCUAGGUUUAGUGUCGACUCUUCAUGCUCCGAAAACUCUUACGUAAACAUUGAAACCAUAAAGAGUUUACAGGAUGUAAGAAAAGAGGAAAACACGGAAAGCGGAAGUCCCGAGUCGUUAUCGUCUUGUAAACCUAUUGUUCGUUCCCGGUUUCGGAGAAAAAAAACGUCAGUUUGCUCGAUCGGCUCGUCCGACUGCGACGACGAAAUCGACGUUAUUUUUAAAUCUAAGCCGAAGUCUAGUCAGUGGGUAAGUUUGGACUGGAUUCCUCCGGCCCCUAAAGAGGAACAAGUCAUUGGUCAAGUCUGUGAUAAAAAUGAUUUUAUUUCAAAAUGGAUCGCUGAUCAAAAUUCCCAAGAUUCGGGAAUCGUGGCAGACGAGCGAAGAAGGAGUCUUCCGCCUAAGUCGAACGAAAUAUAUCUUCAGAAUAUGAGACGAUUUAGCGACGGACUCCAGAUAUGUAAAGAGGAUGCGGCUAGCGAUUCUCCGGCUACGGUGAAAUGGAAAUGGCAUGACAUCGUCAAGAGACAUCUUCAGUUGUUGAAAAAUGAAAAAGGAUUUCGUCGCCAACGAGGCAGCUGGAUGAGAACAGCGAGACGACUGUCUAAUACAAAUAUCAACACGAAAAGUUUGGAGCCGCUCCCGCACGAUACCUACAUAAAGAUCAAUACUAUGCCAUGGUAUUUCCGCAAGAUAAAGCGGAUCGAGGCAGAGAAGAAAUUGCUUCUGCCGGAGAACGAACAUGGUGCCUUCCUCAUCAGAGACUCCGAGAGUCGACACAACGAUUUCUCACUCUCAGUACGCGAUGGGGACACCGUGAAGCAUUACCGCAUAAGGCAACUAGACGAGGGUGGGUUCUUCAUAGCGCGACGCACCACCUUCCGCACACUGCAGGAGCUGGUCGAACACUACAGCAAGGAUGCGGACGGCCUCUGUGUGUCACUCAACAAGCCUUGUGUACAGGUGGAGAAGCCUGUUACCGAAGGUCUUUCGCAUAGAACACGCGACCAGUGGGAAAUCGACCGAUCCUCCCUCAAAUUCGCCAGAAAACUCGGCCAUGGCCAAUUCGGCGAAGUGUGGGAGGGAUUGUGGAACAAUACAACGCCUGUGGCUAUCAAGACAUUGAAACCUGGUACAAUGGACCCCAAGGAUUUCCUCGCGGAAGCCCAGAUAAUGAAAAAACUACGACACAAUAAAUUGAUCCAGCUGUACGCUGUGUGCACUCUAGAAGAGCCAAUUUAUAUUAUCACUGAACUCAUGAAGAAUGGUUCCUUGUUGGAGUACCUGCAAGGCAAAGGCCGUGGUCUGAAGCUGCAGCAGCUGAUAGACAUGGCGGCGCAGAUUGCUGCCGGCAUGGCUUACCUCGAGUCUCAAAACUACAUCCACCGUGACCUCGCAGCGAGGAAUGUGCUCGUCGCCGAUGCUAACAUCGUUAAGAUUGCUGACUUUGGACUCGCGAGACUCAUCAAGGAGGAUGAGUACGAGGCUCGCGUCGGGGCGCGCUUCCCCAUCAAGUGGACGGCGCCCGAGGCGGCCAACUACAGCAAGUUCAGCAUCAAGUCGGAUGUGUGGUCCUUCGGCAUCCUGCUCACUGAACUCGUCACGUAUGGACGCAUACCUUAUCCAGGUAUGACGAACGCGGAGGUGCUGCACCAAGUGGAGCACGGGUACCGCAUGCCGUGUCCUCAGAACUGCCCCGCGGCGCUCUACGAGAUCAUGCUGGAAUGCUGGCACAAGGACCCCCUCAAGCGGCCCACAUUCGAAACGCUGCAGUGGAAGCUGGAGGACUUCUUCACCAUGGACAACUCCGAGUACAAGGAGGCCUCCGCCUACUGAGCCCGGCCCUCCCUGCCGGCGCACCGACACGCGCACAUGCACCACGUGAGUACAGCC